AUGGGAGGAGGCUGGCCCCACAAGGAGGGAUGGCUCCUGUGUCUUGUUCUUGGCCUUUUGCUUCAAGGUAACAGCCAUGUUUUCACCAUCAACUGUACAGGGUUUGAUGUUCAUGGACCGAACCAUACUGCCUUCCAGUCAGUGUUUGACAAAAAGGCCUUCCGACCAGUUGUCAACCCCAAGGUCCCCACCAGGGUCAACAUCUCCUUCACCUUAUCUGCCAUUCUGGAGGUGAAUGCACAGAUUCAGCUCCUUACAUCAUUCGUCUGGCUAGAGUUGUUCUGGAAAAACCAAUUCAUCAGCUGGAACCCAGAAGAGUGUGGAGGAAUCAUGAACGUCACUGUGGCAACUGAGCAUCUCUGGCUUCCAGACAUCUUCAUUGUAGAGUUCAUGGGCGUUGAUCAGAUUCCAACAGAUCUCAUGGCAUAUGUGAAUUAUCAGGGUCACAUCAAGUAUAAGAAACCUAUGAAGGUGACCAGCAUCUGUAAACUAGACAUCUUCUUCUUCCCCUUUGACCGGCAGAACUGCACUCUGACCUUCAGCUCUUUCCUGUACACAGUGAGUGACAUGGUGUUGGGCCUGGAGAAGGAAGUGUGGCAGAUGACAGACACUUCACAAGAUCUUGUCCAGACCCAAGGGGAGUGGCAGUUGUUGGACAUCAAAAAAGCGACCCCAAAGCUGGCUGUGGGCUCCAGCCUAUACGAUCAGAUUGUAUUCUAUGUAGCCAUCCAGCGCAGACCCAGGCUCUACGUCAUCAAUCUACUGCUGCCUAGUGGAUUUCUGAUAGCAAUCGAUGCCCUGAGCUUCUUCCUGCCAGCGGAGAGUGGCCACCGAGCCCCUUUCAAGAUGACCCUGCUCCUGGGAUACACCGUCUUCCUGCUCAUGAUGAAUGAUUUACUGCCAGCCAGUGGCACCCCACUCAUCAGUGUGUACUUUGCUCUGUGCUUGUCCCUGAUGGUAGUCAGCCUGCUGGAGGCCAUCUUCCUCACCUACCUUCUGAAUCUGGUUACUACACAGCCCCCUCCCAUGCCCCCCUGGCUCCAUUCACUGCUGCUGCACUACCUCCGAGCAACAGAUUGCUACAAGAAGAGGAAGGAGAAUGGGACUCCCCACCCCAACGCUAUCGAGGUGCCCAGUAAGUGGCAUCAGCGCCCUCCCCAUCUCCCUUUGUUCCGAACUACUAAUCCCUCUGCUUUCCCAUUUCCAGUGGUGGACCUUGCCAGUCAUGGCGGCCAACCCAAUAUUGGGCUAAGCCCUCAUCUUCUCUACAGGCCUGAAGGAGCUUGGGGUGAAGGCAGGCUCAGCUAA